GUCAGUGCAGAGCACCGGAAAUUCAUCUUGAAAGUUCUGCAGAAGCACUUUGUCUUUGGCAACCUGGAUGACGAAGAGCAGGAGAUGGUUGUGGACCACUUCGAGAUGCAACAAUCCAAGCCAGAAGAGGUCAUCUUCUCCCAGGAUGAAGUCGGAGACUGCUGGUACAUCAUCCAAAGCGGUGUUUUCGAGGUCUGUGUUGGCACAACCGCUGUGCGCCAGCUUCGAGCAAAGCACAGCUUCGGAGAGCUGGCGAUGCUGUACAGCGUGCCCAGAACAGCCACAGUCACCUGCAAAGAGAAGGGCGUUCUGUGGAAGAUGGACGCGGACCAAUUCAGAGUUUGCAUGCAGCAAUUGAGCUCCAAGAGCAUGAAGAAAGCGUUAGAGUUCUUUGAGGCAGAUCCGAACUAUCGACACAUGUCGAAGGAGGAGAAGAGCGUCCUUGCCACUGCCUGCUCUGUUCAAAAUUUUGCUGCCGGAGAUACCAUCCUCCGUGAGGGCGAGGUUGGCGAAUGGAUGUUCAUUCUUAUUGAGGGCACUGUGAAAACAGUGGAUCAGCAGCUUGGCUGCAUUGAAGUGGGCAGAGACGGUAACUGGUCCAGCCCAGACCGUGAAACUCGCUCAGGAAGUGCGAUCAAGUCGCUGCUAAUGGACAACGCGGCUGAGCAGACAUAG